AAGAUUUUACUCUUCACUCAGGAAAAAUCGCGCUCAACGUGUAGCAGUGUCUUCUCGACGUCAGCGACAACUAAGCAAACCACAAGAAGUACGACCAACGAGAGUAAGUGCAGCAGGAGCAGCAAAGGAAGCAAGGAGAGCUCGCGUAGCAGUGUGGCUAGCCAAGGAAGCAAGGAAAACAGAGACCUUCAUCGUAUGAUAGAACAGGAACAACUGCGAAAAAGCUUAGAGAAUUUGGUCCGAUAUUUUGCUCAUCGUGCUGAUGAAUCUGACGAUCGCGAAUGGUCGAUGAUAACAGGAGUUGCUGAGCGUCUGCUGCUUGACGUCACUGAUUGUAUUCGCAAAGAGAAGCCUUUGAAUCAUGAUCUCCUAGCAAGAAUUAGGGACCUGAACAAGUUGGCCAGACAGGCAACUCUGCAAUCCGGGGGUGAUCAGAAGAAAAAAUCGGAGGUUAGUUGCUUGGUCUUCCAUAGAUACGAGAUUGCCCUUGAAGAAAAUCACAAACUUACGCUUCGUCACCCGGUGAAGGAUGCGGAGGUUCCCGGAAGAAAGGUAUUCUGGGACGGUCUAAUACACUCGUGUAAAUGGAAACGAAUCGAUGAAUGA